UCCGAUUGCAUUUUGCUCUAUUUAUAAGAAGGGGGUGGGGGCGAACCCGGAUCAUGUUCUCAUAACUCCAGAGACCAAAGGGGAUCUCUCCUUGUAGCUAGUAGUCUUCUUCUACUCUCAGCUCAUUCCUUUUCUGUCAAAUAAUUGAGAAUAAGAUGGAGAAACCAAAUUCAUCUGGGUUGGCAAGGACCAAGUCCGAACAAUUGGUGGAAACUAUAGCAUCGGCGUUCAAGUCACCUCCGUCAGGCGAUGCCACUUCAACUGUUGAAGGCGGAUCAACCCUAUCGAGGAAGUCAAGCCGGCGCAUGAUGGGGGCGUCACCGGGGCGUGGUAGUGGCAGUGCUGGAAAAAACACACACAUUAGGAAGUCUAGGAGCGCCCAAAUGAGGCUGGACCUCGAUGAGAUCGGCAGCGGCGCUGCCUUGAGCCGCGCCUCUAGCGCCAGCUUAGGGUUUUCAUUCUCCUUCACCGGUUUCACUGUGCCCGCUGAGGAUAUCGCCGACUCAAAGCCUUUCAGCGACGAUGAUGAUUUACGAGAAGACCUUGAAGCUGGCGUCACCAGGAAGCCAAAAUUCCAAACAGAACCCACACUGCCAUUAUAUCUCAAGUUCACAGAUGUGACAUACAAGGUCAUUUUCAAAGGAAUGAGGACAGCUGAAGAGAAGGAUAUCUUGAAUGGGAUUACUGGUUCGGUUAACCCCGGUGAAGUUUUGGCCCUGAUGGGACCAUCAGGAAGUGGAAAAACCACACUCCUUAAUCUUCUUGGGGGCAGGGGAAGCCAAACCAAUGUUGGCGGUUCAAUUACCUACAACGAUCAGACAUAUUCCAAGCACCUAAAGAGCAAGAUAGGGUUCGUGACUCAGGACGACGUUCUAUUUCCUCACCUUACAGUGAAAGAGACAUUGACAUAUGCAGCCCUCCUACGACUGCCAAAGAAAUUGAUGAAAGACCAGAAGGAAAAACGAGCGAUAGAACUCAUCUAUGAGCUAGGCUUAGAGAGGUGUCAAGACACUAUGAUCGGUGGCUCCUUUGUCCGUGGGGUAUCGGGUGGAGAGAGGAAGAGAGUUUGCAUUGGCAAUGAGAUCCUAAUCAACCCUUCCCUUCUGUUUCUGGAUGAACCAACUUCCGGCUUGGAUUCUACAACUGCAUUGCGAAUCGUUCAGAUGUUACAAGACAUAGCAGAGGCUGGCAAGACUGUGGUGACAACAAUCCACCAGCCAUCAAGUCGACUCUUCCACAAAUUUGACAAGUUGAUCCUUCUCGGGAAGGGAAGCUUGCUCUACUUUGGAAAAGCAUCAGAAGCAAUGGUGUAUUUCUCAUCCAUAGGAUGUUCUCCACUUAUUUCCAUGAACCCGGCAGAGUUCUUGCUAGACCUUGCAAAUGGAAAUUUAAACGAUGUUUCUGUACCAUCCGAAUUAGAGGAUAAAGUGCAAAUGGGAAAUUCAGAAGCAGCUGAUACGAGAAAUGGAAAGCCAUCUCCAGCAGUUGUGCAAGAGUAUCUUGUGGAGUGCUACGAGACACGAGUUGCAGACAAGGAGAAGAAGAAGAUUAUGGUUCCCCUUCCCCUCGAUGAUGAACUGAAGUUGAAGAUUUCAUUUUCAAAGCGAGAAUGGGGAGCAAGCUGGUGGGAGCAAUUUUCUAUCUUAUUCUGUAGAGGAAUUAAAGAAAGAAGGCACGACUACUUCAGCUGGUUGAGAAUCACUCAAGUUAUCUCCACCGCAAUAAUUUUGGGCUUGCUCUGGUGGCAGUCAGAUGCCAACGAUCCCAAAGGCCGGGAGGAUCAGGCAGGGCUUCUUUUCUUCAUGUCGGUCUUCUGGGGAUUUUUACCCGUCUUCACAGCAAUCUUCACAUUUCCUCAAGAAAGAGCAAUGCUGAUGAAGGAACGAUCGGCUGACAUGUACAGAUUAAGUGCAUAUUUUGUUUCUCGGACCACAAGUGACCUCCCACUUGAUCUAAUGCUACCAGUUCUGUUCCUCGUCGUUGUAUAUUUCAUGGCUGGCUUAAGGUCGAGUGCUGAAGCCUUCUUCCUAAGCAUGCUUACAGUUUUCCUCUGCAUUGUGGCUGCGCAGGGACUCGGACUUGCUAUAGGAGCUACGUUGAUGGACCUAAAGAAAGCCACAACUCUUGCUUCGGUAAUUGUGAUGACAUUCAUGCUUGCUGGAGGUUUCUUUGUGAAAAAAGUUCCGGUGUUCAUAUCUUGGAUUCGCUAUUUGUCUUUCGACUACCACACAUACAGGCUUCUUCUUAAGGUGCAGUACGAACACAUCACACCGACCAUUCACGGGUUAAGCACAGACUGCGGUUUAAGAGAAGUUGUUGCCCUUAUAGCCAUGGUGUUCGGAUACCGGUUCUUGGCAUACCUUUCUUUGCGGAGAAUGAAGCUUCAAGGCGGGGCAUAGAACUCAAGGAAGCCUACAUCUUUUAAAAGCUAUUGUCUAAAGCAUGAGUUUCGAUAUUAACUGAGGAAAACCAGUGAGGUUCCACUGAUCUGCAAUGUAUGCCUUCUCUGUUCUAAGAAGUUUGUUAAAUUUAUCUCAUGCAAAAUGUAAAAAAUCAGAUAGAUUGGUUAGCUGGCUAAUUGCCAAAACACCAUAUCGAGAGAGAGACUUUGGAGUUGUUUUUUUGGAAUAUGUAAACUCUAGGUAACAGUGGGAUUCAUAUCAGAAACUGUACUUUGUAUGUCAAUUUUAAUCGAUGAAAACUCAGUAUGAUUUUACUUGA